GAAACUGGUGCAAAACAGAUACAAAUUGGUGUUGUGGAUCCACGUUGAACUUCCUCCUUACCUGUUUUACCUUCUUUUUUUUAGGCUCAGCAUCAGCCGCACAUGAAGGAACACGAAGCCAGCAGAAAAUCUGAUUUUUCUGAAGGCGAGGGGCCCAAAAAUCAUAAGCCCGCAGGCAAGAAGAAAACAAGGAAGAAGAAAGGGAAAAAGAAGGGCAGCCAGGAUCAUGGAAAGCAUCCCAGCAUGCCACAAGAUGAUGCCACAAAAGCCAUUCUAGGGCAAAGAGCAGGAAACCCCCUCCUUACCUCCACUCCGACAUUUUCGGUUUUGACCCAACAUGACUCGGAGGCAUCCAACGAAAGCCUCCGCUGGGAUGGGAUCCUGGAGGACCCCGUUGCCGAAGAGGAGAGGCUAUGGAAAUACAGGCUGAACAGGAGGAAACGCUAUGGGGAAUACAUCCAGCAGAACCUACCUCCAGAGCCAUCCUUCACCCUCAGGAAUUUGCCUCAGCUUUGUAAAGUUGCACAAAACAGCCAGGAGCAUACCUUAUACAAGAGUGAGUCCUCUGCAAGUGCUUCCAAUGGGCAGCAAAAGCCAGAAGAAACUUGAGUUCUAGGCUCACAUCCAAAAUCGCAAUUGGCAU